AGACGGAAUGAGUCUGCGGCCAAUGUGUCAGGGUUUUCCUCUCUGCCUGGUCACAUCCAAGACUUCCUCUUCUAUCGUCACUGCCGCCACUUCCCGAUGCUGCUGGAUGUACCUGAUAAAUGUGGAGGCCCUCACAAGUCUGCUGAUGUCUUCCUUCUGCUUGUCAUAAAAAGCUCACCUGUGAAUUAUGACCGCCGUGAGGUACUACGGAAAACCUGGGCCAAGGAGAGACUGCAAAAUGGAAUGUGGAUCCGCAGGAUAUUUCUCUCUGGAACAACAGGCACAAGCUUUGAGAAGCGCAAACUAAACAAGCUUCUACGACUGGAGAACCGUGAGCAUAAUGAUAUCUUGCAGUGGGACUUCAACGACUCCUUCUUCAACCUCACCCUGAAGCAAAUCUUGUUCUUAGAGUGGAUGGAUAAGAACUGCCGCCAGGCCAGAUUUAUCUUCAACGGUGACGAUGAUAUCUUUGCCAACACAGAUAACAUGGUGGACUACCUUCACAGCCAGAAAAACAAAGAUGGUGACAAGCACCUUUUUGCAGGUCAUCUAAUCCGCUAUGUAGGACCCAUUAGAGAGACAGGGAGCAAAUACUAUGUCCCAGUCCAGGUUCAAGAGUCAGACUCAUAUCCCCCUUACUGUGGUGGAGGGGGCUUCCUGCUCUCUGGAUACACAGCUAUAGUCAUUUACAAAAUGUCCCAUACCAUUCCCAUUUUGCCAAUUGACGAUGUCUAUGGAAUGUGUUUGGAAAAGGCUGGUCUUAAGCCAGUCCCAUUUGGUGUCAGAACCUGCUGGACUGCAUGUCCCCUCCCAAAAGUGGUACGCUUACAACCCUUAUUACAGGAAAUCAUUUUAGUACACAGAUUUCUGCCCCAUCAGAUAUAUAUUAUGUGGCAUGGAAUACAUGAACCUAACUUGAAAUGUGGGAAUUUGUAAGGUUCACUAUAACCCUUGAAAUCAGUUGCCUGCUCAGGUUUAUUUUUCCAGUCUUUUUUGACAAGCUAAUACUGAGGUGUGAUCUCUCAAAGCAGGUUUUAUUCCUGCUGUAUUCCUGCAGCUGUUUGGACAAUGCCGGAUCUAUUGACAUAUGCCAGGUUACUGUGAAAUUUGACAGCUGGCAUUGUUAUUAAUGUAAAUGAUUGACAACACAUUAUUGAUUUAUAAUUUUCCCCAAAAAAGGGGUAGACGUGUAUACCUGUUAUACUAUUUAUUAUACUUUAAUGGGCAAUUGAUGUCCAUUUUGUUUCACUCUUUCUUUCCACUGCCUUCUGCUUUUUUGUUUUUGACAUUUUAUCUGAACACUUUGCCUAGUGUAAACCACAGUGCCUCUUGAAGACCUCACCACCCACUAAGCUCAGAACAAAUCUGAAGAUCAGAUAGCAAACUGUUGUGGUUGACUGCAAAAUAGCAAUAUGUUAGACAGGGCAUUCUUUGUCUUUAGGCAGGCUCUGUUUGUUCUUUGUAAAUGUUUUCUUGAAAAUGUUCUCUUUUUAAAUGAAUAAUCAGAGGAUGAAUACCUGUGUGUCUUUCUGUGAAUCUAAUGCUGACUGCAUGUUUAUAGAAUAUCAUUUUAUAUCCAUUUGUGUAACAAUGUUGUUGCAAAUUGCAUGUGUGAUUUAUUUAUUUUUAAUCACACACUCACACACACUUUUCAGGCUACUUGAUGAGCUUCCCUGGUGUUUUCCAGAACUUUCCAAUUAUGAAAUGAUGAUGCAUUUCAGUCACUUACUGAUGCAAAUACCCUAUAAAUUGUUACACCUUU